CGCAGAGCCGGUGGAGCUCUGCUGAGACCCGGCUCUGCGCGGUCUGGGGCUGCUGAUGCCCCUCGCGCUCCCCACUACGCUGCCGCAGCCAGGCCGCAUCUGGACGGGGCGCCGCGCGGCGGGGCCGACACCGGGCCACAAUGCUGCUUGGGGCGUCUCUGGUGGGGGUGCUGCUGUUCUCCAAGCUGGUGCUGAAACUGCCUUGGACCCACGUGGGGUUCUCCCUGCUGUUCCUCUACCUGGGGUCUGGAGGCUGGCGCUUUGUCCGAAUCUUCAUCAAGACCAUAAGACGUGAUAUCUUCGGCGGCAUAGUACUCCUGAGGGUGAAGGCAAAGGUCCGGCGGUACCUGCGGGAGCAGCGGACAGUACCCAUUUUGUUCGCCUCUACGGUACAGCGCCACCCCGACAAGACAGCCUUGAUCUUUGAGGGCACAGACACCCACUGGACCUUCCGCCAGCUGGAUGAUUACUCCAGCAGCGUGGCCAACUUCCUGCAGGCUCGGGGCCUGUCCUCGGGCGACGUGGCCGCUCUCUUCAUGGAGAACCGCAAUGAGUUCGUGGGCCUGUGGCUGGGCAUGGCCAAGCUGGGCGUGGAGGCAGCACUUGUCAACACCAACCUCCGGCGGGAUGCCCUGCGCCACUGCCUGACCACCUGCCGGGCCCGGGUCCUCAUCUUUGGCAGCGAGAUGGCCCCAGCCAUCUUUGAAAUCCAAGCCAGCCUGGAUCCCUCACUCAGCCUCUUCUGCUCUGGCCCCUGGGAGCCCAGCACAGUGCCCGCCGGCACGGAGCACCUAGACCCCCUGCUGGAAGAUGCCCCCACGCACCUGCCCGGUCGCCCUAACAAGGGCUUCACAGAUAAGCUUUUCUACAUCUACACGUCGGGCACCACGGGGCUGCCCAAAGCCGCCAUCGUGGUGCACAGCCGGUAUUACCGCAUGGCCGCCCUGGUGUACCACGGAUUCCGGAUGCGGCCCGACGACAUUGUCUACGACUGCCUGCCCCUCUACCACUCCGCAGGAAACAUCGUGGGAGUGGGGCAGUGCCUACUGCAUGGCAUGACAGUGGUGAUCCGGAAGAAGUUCUCCGCCUCCCGGUUCUGGGAUGACUGUAUCAAGUACAACUGCACGAUUGUGCAGUACAUCGGCGAGCUGUGCCGCUACCUCCUGAACCAGCCGCCCCGGGAGGCGGAACACCAGCACCGGGUGCGCAUGGCACUCGGCAACGGCCUCCGCCAGUCCAUCUGGACCGACUUUUCUAGCCGUUUCCACAUCCCCCAGGUGGCCGAGUUCUAUGGGGCCACUGAAUGUAACUGCAGUUUGGGCAACUUCGACAGCCAGGUGGGGGCCUGUGGCUUCAACAGCCGCAUCCUGUCCUUUGUGUACCCCAUCCGGCUGGUACGAGUCAACGAGGACACCAUGGAACUGAUCCGGGGGCCCAAUGGCGUCUGCCUUCCCUGCCAGCCAGGUGAACCGGGCCAGCUAGUGGGCCGCAUCAUCCAGCAGGACCCCCUGCGCCGCUUUGACGGCUAUCUGAACCAGGGUGCCAGCAAUAAGAAGAUCGCCAAGGACGUCUUCCAAAAGGGGGACCAGGCCUACCUCACCGGUGACGUGCUGGUGAUGGACGAGCUGGGCUACCUGUAUUUCCGAGACCGCACGGGAGACACGUUCCGCUGGAAAGGGGAGAACGUGUCCACCACCGAGGUGGAGGGCACGCUCAGCCGCCUGCUGGACAUGUCCGACGUGGCAGUGUAUGGUGUCGAGGUGCCAGGAACCGAGGGCCGGGCCGGAAUGGCCGCGGUGGCCAACCCUGCUGGCAGCUGUGACCUGGAGCGCUUCGCACAGCUCCUGGAGAGGGAGCUGCCGCUGUACGCCCGCCCCAUCUUCCUGCGCUUCCUGCCUGAGCUGCACAAAACAGGGACCUUCAAGUUACAGAAGACAGAGCUUCGGAAGGAAGGCUUUGACCCGGCAGUGGUGAAAGACCCACUGUUCUACCUGGAUGCCCGGAAGGGCCGCUACGUCCCGCUGGACCAAGAGGCCUACACCCGCAUCCAGGCUGGCGAGGAGAAGCUGUGAUUUGCCCCGAGCCCCUCUAAGGGCCAGCGGGUGCUGGAUCCAGAGCCCCAGUUCCCACCCCAGAGGGGUCGUGGGCAAUGCCAGACCAAAGCAAGCAGGACCCGGCACCUCCACCCUGAGGUGCUUACACCCUCCCCCUCAAAACUGCCCAGUGACUCACUGCCGCUUCCCCCUGCCCCCCAAGAGGCUUUCUGUGAAAGCCUCAAGUCCAUGUUCCGUCUUCGAGGCCAUGUGGGGGCUCUGGGCCCGAGGCUGAGACGGACUGGGCCCCUUAGGAUGAUGUCGCAGGGCAGGGCAGGGGCAGGUGGAGGGUCACCAAGGACUCCCCAGAGAGCAGGGAGCUUGUAAAUGGGACCAGGGCAGAAGCCCCCAGACUCAGGAAGCCGACGGAGUGGGCAGGGGCUGCAGUGGCAGUUGAUCAGGUGGCCAGAGAGGAAGAUCCUGGCCCCGGAGCUGUUCCAGUGUCACUCAGCACUGCCUACACCUCCAGGGGGAUAGGAGGAGGACCCCGACCUGCAGCAGGCAGCCUGGACUGAGUGCCCCCCCAUCCUCCUCUCCUGGGUGGCAGCCUGGCUGCCCCUCAGGCGGGACCUUUCUCCUUGUAGGUCUGUCCACAUCACUUUCUCCAUUGAAGUCCUGGGCUGGCUAUGAGAGGAGGAGGGGUGGGGGUGGGGGUGAUUCAGUGGCCAAUAAACUGCCUUGGCUCCCCCCCCAGCCUGUGUGCAUGCCACCUGAGCUCACUGCACCCACUCAGGCCCCACCUCCUGCCCCUCCAGCCCAUUCACUCACUCGGGCUUAGGCAUACAGCAGGUAAGAUGCCUCGAUGAGUUGGCAAGGUAUUUAAUAGCGUGAGCUUAAAAGUCCAAACCAGCUGUGUCACUUUUGAGUUUGUGGUCUGGGGCAAAAGACUCAGUGUCCUCAUCUGUGAAAGGGGCAUAAUCAGGAGGAUUCAGAGAGCACAGGGACCCAUUUUGAGGAAAGGGCUAUUCAGAGCCUUUGAGGGAGAAAACCCUAACCCAGGGCCUGAUCACAUCUCCAGACCUUUGCUCAUGCAUUUCCCUAGGGGUCUGGGGGCUGUGUGAGCCAGAGCCAGGCUGCCUGACCAGUUCUGGCAGAGUCCAGGAAAGCUUCCCAGAGUGAUAUUCCCAGGGCCACGGCACAAGCCGCGCCAGUGGAGAGGCAGCUGUCUCCAAGGCCCCAUCGCUGGAGUCACACCCAGGCUGGAAACGCAUGGCCCUUUGGGAAAGGGGUCCAACCCAGCCCAGCCCGAUGGGCCAUGUGUGCCUCUGGGCCUUAUCUUCACUAUUGAAGCUUCACCACUUGCUGAGAGGUCACACAGCAGUAGGGGGGUGGGGGGGCUGGAAUGCAAACCCAAGCCCCUGUUGCUUCCUGCUGCCCCACCCGCCUCCUGGUGCAGAAGGCCAGGGGAAAGCCAAGAGCUUCCAUUCCACCCAUGACUGUGGAGCCAACUGUGAGCCCCGCCCUAGGCCUGCUGCUCUGAUGGCCAGGGUGGAAGGGGGCCAGGAUGAGAUCCGGGAUGCCUCCUAGGGGAGGAACUUUGAAAUAUAGAAGAAUCUGAUGCUGCUCUUGGGGGAAAGUGGGGUGCAGAGCUGGAGCUGGGCCCUUGGGGAGAGGUGCUGAGGGGGUUGGGGGGGAGGUGACAGUCAUGGCUGCAGUGUCCCAGUGUGGCCAGCAGAGGGCAUGCAGAGCUUGGAGAAUCUCAUCUUGGUCCUCGGCGCUCAGCCUCCAAAAGUGGGAAGGAGGGGCUGUGAGUCCCACCUCAGGCCCAGGCAGGUACCCAGCCCAGAGCACCCUGUGGCAGGGCUUUGAGGACCUGAGGUCAAACUUCCAAGGGGCUGGACCUGGCUGACAGUGUGGCUUUCUGUCUAACCCUUAGCAGUGAGUGCUUUCCGAUGGGAUAGCCCCCCCCCCCACCCCGUUCCUUCCUUAGGUCACCUGGAGAGUUGGUGAACAGGCCUGCACUCAAGGCCAUUCGCCAGGCUAAGCCUCAGUUUCUCCUGUAAAUGGGGAUCUAGGAUAGUUGUGAACAUGCGUUGUGCCUGGAGAUCUCUUAACAUGCGGUCUGGUGCUGAUGUCUGCUUAGUACAUAGCAGUUUCAAGAUUAAAAAAAAAAAUCUAUAUUCAGAUGUUAAGACCCCAGACUAGGCCUGAGUUGGCCACUUCUACACCA